GUUUAUUUAUGUUUUUUUUUCAUAAAAACUUGAAAUUUUUAAGCAUCGAAUUCUUGAACACUUUUAAUUCCAUUUUCAUCGAUGACAAUCAUGUCUAGAUGCAAAAAUGGGUCUAAUUUAUCGCCAUUUAAGAAAAAAUCAAGUCGAAUGAAAAAAUUAGUGUUUUCAAAUGGAUCUGAUUUACCAAAACGUACGUUGGAAAAUUGUUACAACAAUGAAGUUGAUACGAAAAACGACAAUAUUUACGAACCAGAAUCAUCCAAAGAGCUGGCUGUUUCUAGAGCUAAAUUAAAUGAGUUGAAAGAUUGGUUUAACUGUUAUUUUGAUCGAGAUAAUCAUCAAACGAAAUCACCAUUUUUACUUUUGAAUGGUCCAUCUGGUUCGGGAAAAACUAUUACAUUGAAAGUAUUGGCCAGAGAAUUGCAAAUAAAAAUUGUCGAAUUACCGGUUUUAUCAAUAUCUGAUAAUUUUUCAUCAACAUUGUUUAUAAAUGAUGAUGGAAAUAGUGUCAUCAGACCAUUACAAGAUGAAAAUCAAAUGAAUCGAAUUAAGAAUUUUUUGCAUAAAUUAAACCAAUGUAGAAAAUUCAUUCAUGAUCAAACGUAUAAUGAUCGAAAGAUUCUCAUGAUAAAAGAAAUACCAAGUAUUUUUCUAAUAAAACCAGAUUUAUUGCAUGAAGAAUUGAAAUCAUAUAGGAUUAAUCACCGAUCCGCUAUCAUUGUUCCAAUUGUAUUCAUUAUUUCGACCACUGCUCAAGGAGAAAAUUUAGAACAAAAAAUACUACCCAAACACAUAAUUAAUUUGUUAAAUUUUAAAAUAAUUACCUUCAAACCUAUCAGCGACACUUGUUUGUCGAAAGUUAUCGAAAAUUCUUCCAUUGGAAAUCCUUUGAAUAAAUCUCAAAUUCAAGAAAUUAUUUCAACUAGUUCCGGGGAUGUUCGUCAUGCUUUAAACUACUUAAAAUUCAAAUAUUCGUCAUCAGAUAAAAAGAAUAAAAGAACUAGAAAAUUGAAAUCCACAAUUCAUGUUCCUCACGAAAAUGUAAACUCCAUUGAUUGUGAUCGAAAUGAUUCACUAACAUUUUCUCAUGCCAUCGCCAAAAUUCUAUACGCAAAACGUUUGGAAACUAGUGAAAACUUCGUGAUUAAAUAUAUUCAAAAAUAUCCUGAAUGCAAUAAAAGAAAGUUAAGAAAUCCACUGAAAGAUAAUAAACCAGAAGAAAUUGCCGAACUUGCCAACAUUUCAUACGAUCAAUUGAUUGAUUGGUUAUAUGAAAAUUAUCAAGAUUUUAUUCAAGAUGCAGAUGACCUCGAAAAGUGUUCCGAUUGCCUUCAAACACUUUGUGAUUCCACUUAUUCGGUGAUCGAUAACUACAAUGAAAGAGAUUCAUUCAAAAAUGUUCAAAUGUCUUUGGCUAUUCGUGGAAUGUUAUUCAAUUUAAACAAUGAUAAUUAUGCUUAUCAAAAUUAUCUUGAAAAACCUGUGCUUAUUCAUAAAAAGAAAAUAAAUCAAUUUCGACAGCUGAAUCCUCCGAAAACAUUUCAUUUGAAUAAAAUUCUUUGUAAUAAUCGAGCAGAAAUAGCUGAAUUAAGGAAUAUGAAUUCUUCAUUUUUUACAUUCGAUAAUGAAAAAAAUCUAAUAAUGGAUAUACUACCGAUGGUUCGAGCGUUUCCCAAACAUUUUUCAAACGAGCAUCCGUAUCUCAAUUUCAUCAAUUAUUUAAUCGAUUUUCAAUCAUUCGAAACAAAGUCAAUCAAUCAUUUAGUCACCGUUGCAACCUGUUCGUCAUCAUUGACGGAGAUCGAUGAACAGGAUGAUGAUGUACAUAUCGAAGAUGAUUCCGAUUAAAUUGUUAAAAAUUUUAUGAUCCUAUGCAUUUUUUUCAUAUGUUUACAUAAAACAAAUAAAAAUUUAUUACCAAAACACACCUAAACAAUAAUAAAUCUGUUCAUU